AUGCAAAGCCGUGUUCUAUCCCAUACAAUGCUCGUUCAGUAGCACUUUGUUGUGCUCAGGCAGCGGCCGGGAGCCACUAGUUUGCUUGCAUCUCACCUCCAUUAUCAGGGAUCUGCUAGACAAUGAGUUGCAAUUUAACGUGAAACGACGAACGUCACCGGUGGAAGGAUGGAUGAUCCUUACGAGGAUAACCUUCUCGUAAGGGUAAGCGAUGGAAAUCGUUCUUCUAGACGAGGGCUUUUCAUCCUGGAGCCUCCGAUCUUCCUCAUUUUCUUUGCACUGAAUGUAUCAACUGCCGUAUUCACCGAUCAGCUGGUUUAUCAGGCGUGCACAGUUUCGCUCGGUAUCAACCGGACCGAGUGCGAUAAGCUAGGCAAGGAAUAUGAAUCUCCUGAAGUGCAAGCCCUGGAGGCAAGAGUUCAACCCUACUCGGCAGAUAUUCUGAUGGCAGAAUCGCUCGCGGAUUCCCUUUUACCGGCCUUUAUGAAUCUUUUUAUUGGACCGUGGUCUGAUCGAUUCGGCCGCAAGCCGGUACUGUUGCUCACCUUCACCGGCUGUAUGCUGUCUCACCUGUUCAUAACUGUGAUAUGUGCUCUGACGAGCUGGUACCGGCUAGAUCCGUGGUAUUAUGCCAUUUCAUUUGUGCCUUCUGCGUUGUCCGGUGCUACUUGUACGAUGCUAACGAGUGUGUUUUGUUAUUUAGCUGAUGUUACCAGUGAGCAAGAACGUGGGAACAAGAUGUCCAUCAUGGAGGCUGCACUGUACAGUGGAAUGCUUUUGGGGAACAUAAGUAGCAGCUUCAUUCUCAGAAUGACUAACGCUCUUACGGUGUUUGGAGUUUCUACCGCAUCGGCAAUACUAGCCGUGUUGUAUAUAGUUUUUUAUAUAGAAGAAAGUAUUCAAAUCACUGCAGAGGAUCGCCGGAGGACGUGCUGUUCCAAGUUGAGAUAUCAGUUCCGCCCAAGUAUGGUGCUAGAUACUUUCAAAACGUGCUUUAGUUGGAGAACAAACUACGGCAGGGCGACUAUCCUACUCGGUAUACUUACGCUGGGCGGGAACAUAUUUGCCUUUGAGGCCAACAACACCGUUUUUUUCCUAUUCGUGCGGAAACAGUUUAACUGGGCCGUCCGGAAGUACUCAUUUUACGCUUCAGCCGAAACAGUGCUCCUGGUGUUGGGUAACCUGUUGGCUACGUAUGUGCUAGAAAGGCUAAUAGGAUUAACUGAGGCUGCCAUCGCUUCGAUCGGGUUUUUCAGCUGGAUGCUGAACAGUAUUGUUAUCGCAGUGGCUACUGAACCGUGGCAUUUGUACUUGGCAAUCACGAUUUGCAUGCUCAAGGGAGCUACCGACCCGAUGACCAGGGCGUUCAUCUCCAAAGGGGCUUCUCCGGAGGAUAUGGGAAGUAUAUUUUCGUUCUCGUCGACAUUCGAAGCGUUGAUGCCUCUGGGAGCUGCCCCACUUUAUACCAACGUUUACAAACACACCCUUAGUUGGCAUCCGGGAGCCUUUAGUUGGAUUAGUACGGGAGUGUACGGUUUGUGCUACUGUCUAACGAUGUGCGUUUGUGUUCUACAAGCUAUGAGGCACCUUUCAACUUAUCCAUCCAUAGACUGAUAUUCGUAGUUUAGUUACAGGUAAUGUGAUUCGUGUGAUAUUGUUAAGUUUAUUGAUGCAUGUGAUUGUUAGUUGAUGAAAAUGAAAUAAACAUAUUUCAUAUACCCUUUAGAA